AGAAUGAACGCGCAGGUCUUGGCACACACGUGAUCUCUUUGGUCUGAUGUUAGUUCAGAGCUAGUUCUUGAUCCAAUUCGUUCGGACAAUUUCAAUCUUUGGCACAGAAUUGGAAUAUAUUACACGGAUCAUUUGUUUCGGAAUUCAGAGCACUCGAACCUACUCGGUUGUUAUAAAUAUAUGGCGUACGCAUACUCUUCUUGAAAUUGGGAGAACAAGAGGUACGUAGGUACGUAGGUACGUAGGUACACGAGUAUACUGAGCUACUACUGAGCUACUGAUGACUGAUGCCGUUUUAGAGGUAAAUCACCCGUGGACAGCUCCUUCUUUCACUCCUUGUUUGUUCUUCAUUCACUACAAAUGCAAGAUGUUGAUACUGACAUUCGAGUGCUUUCUGAAUGGGUAUCGGUAGGUCUUUUUUUCAUUCACUCAUUCUUCACUACCAAGUGGCAAGAAUUUCUUGCACUCUCUUUCCUUAAAACCCCUAUGUUACCCCUCCAUCCACUUCUCCUUUCCCCACCAUUCCAAGACGUUCCCGCUUCUCACUUCGUCACACCUGCCUGCACCUUCGAAUAUGCGCGCCAGACUUCGAGCACCUGGGGGUGUGUCCACGAUUACCCUAGCGGACGAUGCUACCAUCCAACACCUGAUCGCCGAGAUCAAAGAGAAGACGUCGAUUUCCAACUUCGAUGUUAAGUAUGGUUAUCCGCCUCGACCUUUGCGACUCGAACAGUACGAAAAGUCGCAACUCCUAAGCACACUCGAUGUUAAACUCGACGGAGAACAGCUUACUAUAAGCCCACGAGAUGACCCCAGCACCACACCAUCAGCCCCAGCUGUAUCACAAGGAGGAGCAAACAAAGUAACGGCGCACUUCUCCUUUACGAAUGCGCCUGGUUCGCAACCAUCAGGGGAAAAGAAGCACAAGCCUAUCGCAUUGAAGACCAAAGUCAUGGACGAGGAUGUGCCAGAGAUUCCUCUGCCAGGGCACGGGGCUACACUUGGUGGGUUGAUUUAGCGCCCGUCGAAAGAAUAAUGCUAACCAACUAUUAGUACUUCGAGUAAUGCCAGAUGAUAACUCGUGCCUCUUCCGCGCAUUCGGGACUGCAGUGUUGCCAGGCGACGACCAGAGUAUGCCAGAAUUGCGGUCUCUCGUCGCAAGUGCUAUCCAAGCCGAACCCGAUGUCUACUCCACGGUAGUUCUCGAACGAGAGCCAGACGACUACUGUCGAUGGAUUCAAACUCAGGACGCUUGGGGAGGAGCUAUCGAGAUGGGUAUAUUAGCCAAUCACUUUGAUAUAGAAAUCUGCAGUAUAGACGUCAAAGUAAAUAUCACUCCACCACUUUCAUCUACCACACCUAACAAACCCAGUCUCUUCGUGUAGAUAAAUUCAACGAAGGCAAACCAACUCGUUGUAUCCUCGUAUACUCGGGCAUCCACUACGACACCAUCGUCCAAUCCCCCUCCGAUCCACCUCACACCAAAGCCGACGCCCCUCCCGACUUCGACAAGCGAGUCUUCGACUCGGACGACGACGCGCUUCUCGUAGCCGCUCUAGAGUUAUGCAAGAAGCUACAGUCAAAGAAUUAUUAUACCGAUACGGGUGGGAUGAAGAUCAAAUGCCAGAUUUGUGGAUCAAUCUUGAUUGGACAGGGACAGGCGAAUGCACAUGCGCAGCAGACGGGGCAUUAUGAUAUGGCUGAGAUCCCGGUGUGAUUCUUGAUCUCCAUUUUUCCGUUGGGUUCUUGGGUUGGA